CAAGGCUCAAAUUCGUGCACAAAUCAUCGCGAGUCCUUCGUUCCAGGCCGCCGGGAGGUCUGUUGUGACUCGUGUGAUACAAGACGACGCCUGCCUCUCUCUCUCUCGCGUCCUCUCCACUCUGCCAUUCCAGAUGUCUGACAUCUCUACGCCCGUGCCGCCGCUGAUCUUGCCUUUCCCAAUCGACCCCAGGGCCCAUCGCCUGUUGCAGAAGUGAUCGCCUACUCUCUGCAAGUCAUCCAUCUCGUGCCUGGGGCCAUGGCGCUACCGAUACCGAAACCACAGCCGCCCGUUCCCGGGCGGGAGAACAACCAUGUCGAGAUUAUGGGGAUCGCAGGCUUCAUGACGGGAUUUGCUGUUCUGGUAGUCAGUCUUCGCCUUUGGGUGCGCCGGUUCGUGCUCAAGACAUUUGGGUGGGACGACUGGUUCAUCGCACUGGCAAUGCUCCACACGAUCGGCGUCCUCGUGUGUUUCAUUGGCACUGUGAACAAUGGCGGCGGCCACCACUGGUACGACCUCGGCGUGCCGGAGGAGUGGGAGUCCAUGAAGCACUGGCAGUACGCACAGGUCACGGUCAACAUCACCGGCGUGAGCAUCGUCAAGAUCUCGGUCUGCUUGGCACUGCUGCGCUUCCUCAAGGGGAAGUGGUACCAGCUGUUCCUCAAAGUUAUGAUUGGUUUUAUCGUCAUCUUCACCAUUGCGAGUGAGGCGCCAUUAUUGUUCGAGUGCCGGCCGAUGUACAACAGCUGGGCAUUCAUCAGGGAGCCGGGCGCUUGCAUAUCGAAUGAGGCAUUUGUUCUUGUUGCCAACAUCAACGGCGCCAUCAAUAUUGUCACGGACGCCACACUCGUCUUACUCCCGAUCCCGACAAUCGCAAUGCUCAAGGUCAACGUCCGCACCAAGGCCUCGCUGAUUGGCGUCUUGUGCAUCGGUUUCUUCGCGACCGGGACUGCCAUCGUACGUGCCAUCACGGGCAACAAACCGAUCCAGCUCACAGACGGAUCAUUCACUCUCAGGUUCUACCUGUGGAACUCAGCCGAGCUCAACGCCGGCCUUGUCGCCGCCUCGAUUCCUCCCCUCCGCCCUCUCCUUUCCGGCUGGCUCGAGGGCACUGCCCGCCGCUUCCGCAGCACCGGUGCCGGCUCCUCCUCGGCAGGCCGCAGUCGCCCCGGGGCGCUCGGGUAUGCCGGCGCCGGCGGCCUCGACAGCCGGCCCACGAAACACGGAUACCAGAAGCAGAAGGAGGAACAGAGCAUACAGCUCAGCGAGAGCAAGCAGUGGUCUGGCAAGAAUGGCGGGAGGUCCGGAACUGGUACAACUGUCAUGAUAAGCUCAAGAUCAGCAUACGGGCUGGAGGACAACAGCAGUGAGGAGGGAAUCUUGCCGCAGCAGCAGCAACAGCAGCAGCAGCAUGGGGGUGAGCCGGCAAAGAGGAGUUCAGGACUCAAGGGCAUCACGAAGCAGACGGAGAUAACGGUGCAUGAGUCUCGCCACUAACCAUUUGCAAAAUUGGUCAGUGGACGAGGAUUUGGCAGGCGAAUCGUCAAGCCUUGUCAAGUGUUGCCCUACAAAAAGAAUCUUUAGAAAUUGAAUACCAUAGAGUCUCUCUUGGAGGUACCAAGGCACUACGUUUCCUGCAUAUUACGGAGCAUAAAGCAGUGCUCUCAAAGCCAUUUCGCCCG